UGUCUCUAAUCUCUGCAACAGCCGCGCUUCCUGGGUCCCGCGGCUCUCCUACCCACUCAGCCGCCGCCAGGGGCCGGGCGAAAAUCAGAGCCGCCUGCCCCGCAUCACCCACCAUGGAAACCUUCCAAGAAAAAGUGGCUCCGGACGCGUGUGCCUGAGGAUUCCUCACAAAAGAGGUGCCCAAAAUGAAGACCCUGAUGCGCCAUGGUCUGGCUGUGUGUUUAGCGCUCACCACCAUGUGCACCAGCUUGUUGCUCGUGUACAGCAGCCUCGGCGGCCAGAAGGAGCGGCCCCCGCAGCAGCAGCAGGCAGCGGCGACCGGCAGCGCGCAGCCGUCGGCGGAGAGCAGCCCCCCCUCGAGGUCCCGGGCCCCCGCGGGACCGCAGCCGCUGGACGGAUACCUCGGCGUGAGGGACCACAAGAUAUGAUAAUGACUGGGAAGAGGCUGGCUUUAGACAUACAGAAUAUGCAGAAUUCGGAAGAUUAUCAGAUUGCAACCAGACAGCUCAACAAUCUGCAAUUACCUUGGCAAGAACGGAAGUGGUGUAAGACCUGCCGUAUAUAUAUUUUUGGAAAGCUUAAUCUAAACCAGAGGAGAGGAACCCAGAGACCCGGCUCUGACAUCAGCUGUCCAUCCCUUCUUCAGCCAAAAAGAAAAAAAAAAGAAAAGAAAUGCCUGAAAGCCAGAAAAGCCUUACAGAUGAGAAAAAUUAUUUUUUAGAUGUCCAGUCUUUUGUAAAUAAAUAGUCCUGUUAGUAUAUUGGUGUUGAGGCUCUCACCUGUUACUAAUCCUUUGUCUUACAUUUUUAAACAGCUGAUUAUAUAAUGUUAAUGACACACACAUUGCCACUCUCUCUCUCUCUGAUCUUCACAUGGAUGGCCUCAGACCUCCAUCUUUCUUUUCUUUUGCUUAGGCUUUGGGUUCUGGACUUACUUUAACUACAUUCAGACUCUGGAAAAAUGGAGGUUUCUGAGGUUACAUUGGAAAGAUCUUUGACUGACAGGCUCCCUUCGGCCACAAGGAAUUGCAAGAGUGGAAUAAAAAAUGUGGAUUUAGCUCAAACUCUGGCAGCUUUUUUUCCACCUGAGAAACGGAAUCUGGCUGCGGCUAGCCCCGGGGAAUGUAAAUAGAACCUUACCUGUAAUUAACCCAGGGCUUCUCCUGUUCUCGAUGCAAAUGGAGUUAUAAUUGUAGAAUAGAAAGCCUGGAUUUCCGAGGGGAGCUGGCAGUGGAAUAGAGGAAAAAAUUUCUAACUAUGACAGCUCCCUCCUAUCUCCUUCUAGAAAACCUGAAAGAUAAUAAAACUGGAGUUGCAUUUGAUGUAAGACAUAUGGUAAUUACUAUAAAUAAUAUUAUCACCCGGGGUCUGCAAUGGUUUUGUCAGUGAGGUGCAAUUUCACAUAUUGUCUGCGAUAAAAUCCCCGUUUUUGGUUAUUGAUAGCAAUGCCUUUCUAAAAUGGUGUAGGUGUUUUGUGACAGCUGCGAAGUUCCUGCCUCAUAUCCAGGUAAUUGGGUUGAGAAUAAGGCCUGCAUGUUAAAACCUGACGAUGUGAGAGGUGGAGAAAGCCCAGGGAAUACUGUGAAUAUUUUGGUAGUUAUUAACUGGCUAAAAGGGAAGCCUUUGCUAGUCAGUUCUUCUGAAGCAAUGCUGAAGGGGGAAAAAAAAAAGAAAGAAAAAGAAAGAAAGCAAGAAAGACAGCCCCCUUUGAAAGCUUCUGUGGAGUCUUCAGUCAAAAUUUGGAAAUUUGGAGCUAAUCAAUCGUAUCAUGAAUCUGUACUUAAUAUUUUUAAGGCUGUAUACAGUAUCCACAAAUUAGACUAUAAUUACUUUCAUUUUAUGCUACUAUUGAUUGUUUCAUCAGAUUUUACUCCGCUUAAUUGCUGAUUUAAUAGAAAUUACUUCAGCGUCAUAAGUAUGUACGUGUGUAAUAAACGCUUUUACUUAUUGGUCAUAGGAAAAAUUGGUUCUAUAGGAUGUUAUCCUGAGCAAGCUGUAUAUAUUCAAUUUUAUAGCUGCUUCCAGGGAGCCAAAUACUGAAGACACUAAGAGCAUGUUAAAAUGAACUACUCUAAAUCAUUUUUUGGAAAUACGUGGGAAAUAAAUAACAAAUAGCAAUGGUAUGUCUAAGUGAUUUUAUUGUUUAGAUUAAUAAAAGGAAACCAAUACAAUAACCAGAUAAGGGAAAAA